CCAAACCACCACCACCACCACGAAAAGUACAAGUUUUGCAGCUGAUUUGAUAUCAAAUAUCGAUAUUUUUUAAUAUUUGCAAUGGUCCUGCCCUACUUAACUAUUUUUUCGAACCCUCCACCCAAAUUAGUGCCAAUUUGGGCAAAUUAAAGUCGCCAAAUUGCCAAGUAUCGAUCCAGUUUUGCUCCUAUACUAAUUAUUUGUUUCAUUCUUUCUUUUUUGUGAGUGUAUUGUAUCCUUCAUGACGUUGACCUGACUUGACCUUUUACCUUAUCACACUAACCAAACUGGCUGAGGGUCUCGUACCACCAGGCGGAGGAAGUGGGGGCGGGGGGAGUGGCGAAAGUGAGGGGAGAUUGUUGGACGUCCUGUGUCAAAAAUUGGCAGAUCGGGCCCUCCUUUUGAAAGAUUUUAUGAAAGAGGUCGGGAUGGAGGAUUGCACGCCGAACAUAAUUUUGGGCGAUUCUUCCACUACGGAUGAUGACGAUUUUACCACACCCACGACGACCACGAUAACCUCGUCGUCUUCUGCGUCGUCUGGAUUUUUAGACUCUUCUCGAGCAGAGGAUGACCUCAGUUUGGAGUCUGUGUCGUCACCGAUGGAUGGGGGACAGGGAGGACAAGACGUCUUUCCAAUUAUGGAAUUGCCCACGGAGAUCCGAUCCCGCAUCCUCAACCUCCUUCCGCAACGACUCGUCCCCUGUCUGCGCCUCGUUUGUCGCUCUUGGCGUGACGAAAUCGACCACUUUUACGAAUUCACUCUCAACAUUUACGACACCACGACGAACCUCCCAGCAAUUCGGAGGCUUCGCUGUAGAGAGUGCACCAUUUGGAAGUUGACCACUAAACUGGACCCUGGACCGCUCUUUGCUCAUCCCGCUUAUCUCAAAGGCGUCAAAGUUUAUGGGCCAAUGUCGGCAGAAAAUUUGGCUAAUUUAAUUACAGCCUCCACGAACCUGGAACAUCUCACCCUCACGCGUCGUGCUAAUUAUCCCUGGAUCCUCAACCUACGUGACACUCCUGGUCUGGGAAAUUUGAGUGAAUUGCGCUACCUCCGCCUCAACUCGGAAGAGCAUGUUUCUCUCCACACCCGCUCGUCGUCACGGUCGGGAUCGGAUCACAAUCUCGUCAAUAAAUCCGCGCCGCCCGCCCUCCCACCGCCGCCCAUGAUGGACUGCGUUUUCCCAAAGUUGAAGCAUUUCGAAAUCCUCAAACGGUUCGCGGUGUGGCAGUAUUCCCAUUACGUCACGGCCAUCCUAAAAUUCGUCUCUCGACAUUACAAAACUCUCCGAAACAUAGAACUGGACCUCAUCCCGCUCUCUUGUAUCGCUCUGUUAAACGAUGAUUCCUCCGACUCUGAUGAUUCCUCAGAUUCCGACCAAAUCGUCGCCCCACAGCGACACCACCACUACCAUCACAACAACGCGGCUAGAAAACGACGCAAUUCUGCUAUUUCUGGUGACGAAAUUGGCCUCGCUUAUCUCUGCAAUUUAGACUUGGUCAAAUUCUGCGUCACGACGAAAGGGUCCGACUCAGAUAUUUCGAUUUGGAGUGCGAUUCUCUCCAAACAAAGAAAUUUGGUCGAAUUGCGAUUCGAUUGGCUUUGUCGGUGCUUUCCUUGGAUACAUUUUCAACCCCCCGUCGAACAAAGUGCGGCAACCUUGGUGCAUUGCGAGCUCGCUAGUUUGAGCAUGUUCCACGUGCCACGUGGUGGGGGGAGGAGGAGAGUUAUGCCCUUUGAUUUAGCCAUCUUUAGGAAUUGCAAGACAUUGAAGAGUCUUAUUUUGAGGUGCCGCGAAAACCAUGCCAAACUAACCCCCCGCGAUCUCGACGGAGACAUCGAUCUCGUCGAAAACGACGAUGACGACGACGUUCUCGCACUUCCCAUUCCCGGCGAAGAUCACAACGCUGCUGUCGCGGCUGCCUCCGCGAGUGAAGUCCUCCUCAUGAUAAACGGCUCCGAACUCCCCGCAAGUCUCGAACAACUGGAAAUUUUCCGCUUUCCCAUGCUCACCUCGGACCUCGCCGCGAUGGUGUCGCCCCAACGGCUGCCCAACAUACGGAAACUGUUUCUCCACGAGUGCGGAAAAUCGGGAGAAUUUGGCGUCGCGGCGCAAGUCUUGGUCGAAAUGGCGGAACUCUCGAGUUUAAAAUUUCUUGAAGUUAUUGGCUUCAACGACCGCGGUGGAGAGAGGAAAGCCGAGUUGGAGGAGGUUUUUCAACGCAUCGGUCUCCCGUAUGAGGGUCAAGACACGUGGCUCGAGUUUUCCGACGGGUCAUCCUCCGCAUAUGAGAGUCUUAAAGUUCUAAGUGCUAGAAGAUCAAAUGAACAAGCUGCAGCUAAUUUUUAAGCCGUAUUGUUUUUGUACUUCAACUUGCGCCACGUAGAUAAUUUAACUAUGGCGCAAGUUAGGAGUAAAAAAAUGCAGCUUAAUUUUAAACAAAAAAGUCAAAAGUGAUAUAUAUUGAAGGGAGGUUCUCAAUUUAAUCGGAUGUUUGUAAACUUUGUAAAUUUGUGACCUGAUUAUAUUAUUUGCAAAUUUGUGCAGAAAUUUUGCUAAUUUUUUUUACCAGGUUUUACAAACAUCCGAGUGAAUUAGAGUCUCUCGCAAUUUAUUUAUUUCGGGUAAGAAAAUAUUUCCUCCAGGAUUUCUGAACUCUCUAAUUAAAAUUCCGAACCGAAACCAAAGGAUAAUUAAUUAUAUACAUAUUUAGUAAUUUUGAUGUAUCAUUAGUAAUUAUUUUGUAGUAAUUUAAUUUAAUUAUCUUGAAUUUUUACAAUUUCGUUAGCUUAAUUUGUGUAAGUUUGUAAACUACAAUUUUGUUAUAACAAAAAGUAGUCAAAUUAUUUAUUAUGAUAAUCUCAAAAACUGUAAUUACAAAAUUUUAUCUAAAAUUCCAAUUACAAAAUUGUAGUUAAUCUAAAUUUUAAUUAUUUUCUACCUCAAUUAAUUAAUUCCCUCCCGCUUAAGUAGCACAUCCCCCAAAUUUAUACUGACCAUUAUUAUGUAUCUACUUUAAUUUAUUAAUCGUACUUAAUUAACUCUCAGGUCAAUUAAAUACCAUUCUCACUUUCUUCACGCUACAUUAAACUACAAAAUAAACACAAUUUUAAGACA